AUGGCACUCGUCCAAGCUCUUUGGAUAGACAAUGAAGACGUUAGCAGUGCGAUAGAGUUCCCUGUCAUCAACGGAAAAACAGGAAAGAUUGUCCACGCAGCGAAUGGGGCGACUCCAGAAUUAGCUGUUGCCGCUGAGAGACGGACGCUGUUACAAUCUGCUGCUCGCAUUCUGCACAAUCGACGACACGAGAUUUCAGAGCUUAUCAAGGCAAGUCUGGAGACCCCCGCUCCGGACUUCAUGGUCGAGGAAAUCAACAUCAAUAAUGGCAUCGCCUUAUUCGAAGAGCUCGCUGGCCAGAUCACAAAUAUGACGACCGGAUCCCUGCCGCACUGUCGUGACUCGAAUACGAUGGCAUUUGUGGUCAAGCAGCCAUACGGAGUCCAACUCGGCAUCGCGCCAUGGAACGCCAAUUCUGAAGGCAUCGGAGCUCUGUCCGGGUGUGCAUCACUUUCUCGGCCGAUUACUGAAAGAAGCUGGCUUCCCCCUGGGGUGUUGAAUAUUAUCCAGCACCGCAGAGAGGACGCGGCCCAGAUCUUCGAGACUCUCAUUAGCCACCCGGCCGUGCGCAAAGUGAAUUUCACUGGGAGUACAGCGGUGGGUAAGGUAAUCGCCGCCAAGGCUGCACAAUAUGCGAAACCUUGCAUUCUGGAACUGGGUGGCAAGGCGCCGCUCAUUGUGUUUGAAGAUGCUGACCUUGAGGAGGCAGCAAAGGCCGCUGUGAUGGGUGCAUUUGUGCAUCAUGGGCAAAUCUGCAUGGGAACCGACACUGUCCUGGUUCAUAAAUCCGUGGCCGAGACGUUGAUUGCUAAAAUGUCAGCCGAGGCGCCACGAAUUCCCUGCAGUUGGGCUGUGUCUGAUCAGCAGGCCAUGAAAACCGAAGCUCUGGUUGAAGAUGCAAUUAACCAAGGGGGUAGACUGGUCUAUGGAAAGCUAGAAAGAAACGGGGCGAGCCUACAUCCGACCAUUCUUACUGGCGUGAAGCCAUCGAUGCGGCUUUACUCGGAAGAGAGCUUUGGCCCAACCCUCGCCGUAUUACCCUUCGAGUCCGAAGAUGAGGCGGUCGCUUUGGCUAACGGACACGAAUAUGGCCUUUCCGCCAGCGUGUUUACCAAGAAUGUGCCGCGAGGAAUAAGGAUUGCGCGCGGAAUUGAUAGUGGUGCGGUCCACAUCAAUUCGAUGACCGUGCACGAUGAAGUCCAGCUUCCUCACGGAGGAACCAAGUCAAGCGGAUGGGGGCGGUUUGGUGUCCCUUGGGCGUUUGACGAAUUUCUACAAAUCAAGACGAUUACGGUGAAGGUCACCGUCGACAUGUCCGACUCCGCAAAAUCACCACCGCCAAAUCCAGCGCCUCGACGCACAGUACCUUCGAAAAGAAAGCAAACGGUCGAUCGGUCGCAUAAUCAGGUGCACCAGGCGUGUUCUACUUGCAAGGCCCGGAAAGCCCGAUGCGAUUCGAAACGGCCGCGCUGUUCGUUUUGUGAAGGCCGUAACCAGGAGUGUGUCUAUCCGCCGCCAUACAAGAGGGCGAUCUGCUCCCAGUCGCACGUGGAUAAUUUGGAAGCGAAGAUACAGGAAUUGGAAGCUCAAUUAAACCCCCAACCAGAGACGAUCACCAGGCAUCAACAGGGCUCAAUCGCCUCGCCCCCAAACAGCUCCCACAGUCGAUCGAAUAGUCCGCAGCUAUGUCUCACCGGGAUACAGGCCAACGUCGCGGCCACAGAUAUCAACGGAGGAAACAACAACUACACUCCUGUAGCCCCCGAGCCGAGGCCCCCGGUAACGACGUUUACCAUCAGCGAAAAUGAGACAGAAGGAAGGGAAACGGCAGACCAGGUGCCAGCAACAGAUGGAAUGGUCGCAUACUCCAUGUCGCCGCAACAGGGCAAAGACACGGAUGGAUUCUACCGUGAUUCUUAUUCUCUUCGGUUUGCCAUGCACGUUAAGGCCUCGACCAUGCCCCGAAGGAUGUCUGCAUCCACCACAACAGGCCAGUCUUUGCCCCCUAGACAGGGCCUCCUUCAAGCGAACGCCAGCUCCCGGGAUGACGAGGAUGAUCUCGCCGCAUUGCGGUCAUACCUCACUAUGCCAUCCUUCUCAGGCAUACCGCAUCGACAUGUUGCGAAACAGUUGCUGGAGGCUUACUUCUUCAAUGUCCACCCUAUCUGGCCUUUCUUAAUCGAAGAGGAUACGCUUGCUCAGUUCGACAAGAUGUACACCUCCGAAAAUCCCAUGGAACCAGUUGCUAUCGCGACCAUGAAUUUGAUAUUUGCACUGGGCUGCCUAUUCUGCCGCAACAUGACUCCCGACGGUGAUCCAGUGAGCACCAUGGGCUCCGGUACUUCCUUCUACAGGUGUGCCCGCGCCUUUAUCGUCGCUCAUACAUAUAAUACCUGCUCAAUCAGUAUGCUGCAGACCCUCCUGCUGAUGGCGCAGUAUCAACAAGGUACCAUGAGGGGGAAGCAAUGCUGGCUUACUAUCGGCCAUGCCACAAGGAUUGCACAAUGCCUGGGCUUGCACUUGGAUUCGCGGGACUGCUCGCAAGCCCCUCUUGAUCGUGAGCUUGGCAGGCGUCUUUGGUGGGGAUGUUUUUCCCUCGACAGGGUGGCCAGCAUGAUCUAUGGUCGUCAGCCAACUCUUUUACACCCCAGAUUCUCGAAUCCCCCGCUUCCUCAGUCGAUUGAUGAUAUAUACAUACGCGAUGGCAAGACACAACCUGAUAGAAUCCCUUCGGUGAACGCCUUCAUUCGCUGCACCGUCCGUCUCUACCUAGUGAUGGACAAGAUCACGGAAGAGCUGCAACCACCCAGUGGACGAGCUGACUCAUCUUUCGAACCCAAUACACGGCGCAACGUAUUGCAGUCGCUAAUAAGUUUGUUAAAGGCUGACGAACAGCUAGUAUCUUGGCAUGCCUCUCUCCCUGACUACUUUCGAUUUUCGUUGGACGGCGCACAGCAGCAAGAAUCACCACAACCAUGGUGGAUACAGCGAUGUAGAACUGUCCUCAAAAAUAGGUUUCUCGGACUGCGCAUUUUACUUCACCGCCAGACUAUCCUCUUCUUACUUGGCCCGCCUAAAUCAAUUGAGAGCGCUACCGAUCCGUCGUAUCACUGGCCACCACUCUUUUCCGACCUUAUCCACGGACCGGCUGGUGAUGGUACUGUCAUACGGCCUCAGUCCAACUUUGAGAGCUUGCUGGCCUAUCUCAGUGCUCAAAUAUGUGUCCAAUCUGCGCAGCAGCAGAUUGACGCGAUUAGUGUUAACCGCCCCGCCAAUCUGACAGGCGCAUGGUGGUGGGACUUUCAUUUCAAUUUCGAUUCUCUAUGUGUCCUGCUCGGUGCUGUAGGGCUUCCAACCGAGCACAGGGCCGUCAUAAUCCUAGACGUGGCUGUGAUUCACGAAACCAUCCGCAAGGGGCUCGAGACAAUUCGUUCUCUGGUCCCUUUUGGGGGUGACAAAUUGCGGCAAAGCGAGAUUUUUCUCCAGCAGUUACAUCAGGUUGCAUAUGAGCAGGACAGGCCUUACCGAAAAAGCCCUCCCAACAGCAACGACGACAGUGACAACCCAGAGAUGCCGCUAAGUACCUUCGCGCCAGGAUUGGGUAAGGAUAUAGGACUCCAUCAUGUAGGUGUAGGAAAUAGUAUAGGACUGGAUGCAUGGGGACCCGUGAAUGCACUGCCCGAUGCUGGAAUGCAGGAUGCAACGAGCAACGUAAACCCGAGCCAAAUGGAAGAGUUGGGAGUGUUUUCUGCGGAGACAAUGGGCUGUUUACUACACAGUUCUUUUAGUUUCUGGAACGCCUUUGAUCGUGAUACAGUCACAUCGCGUGGUCAAGAGCUGGGGCCUGAGAGACUGAUGGAUUUUCAACCGGGCUGGGCUUGA